GAGUGCAUUCAAGAAUUUCAUCAACAACGAUCAAAAAAGUAAACAAUUGCGGUAAAUGUGAAUUAAUUAAAUAACCAUGAGUCGUAGAAGGCAGCCGAGUAGUGGAAGUGAAAGCUUAGACAGUGAGGAAGAACAGAGACGUAAUGAUAUUAAAGAACGUGACGAAUUUUCGAAGAGAUUAAAGGAAAAAGAUGAAUCAAAAACUAGAAAAAUUGUUGAAGCAUCUUCAGCCAAAAAGGCAUUCGAUGAAGCGGCUAAGAGAGCCAAACUAGACUCAAAAGAUAGAGAUACAUUAGUUCCAAAGCUUCGUGAACAAUCCAGACGAGAAUAUUUGAAAAAACGUAAAGAUGAUAAAGUUGAUGAGCUUGAAGCAGACAUAAUAGACGAUGAAUACCUUUUCGAGGACUCACAGCUUACAGAGAAAGAAAAGCGAGAUCGUGAAUACAAGAAAAGGAUUUUGGACAUAGCAAAACAACAUGAGAGGGCUAGAGGAAUUGAAAACAUCCAGCGCUAUCAUAUGCCAAAGGAUAUGAAAAAAGGCGAAAAAGGAGAGUAUAUAGAAGUUGAUGAACGAGAGAAAUUGCCUCAUUCAGAACAGAAAAAAUGGGAAGCUGAACAGUUAUCAUCAGCCUUAUUUUCAUUUGGUGCUAAAGAUUCAAAACAACAGCAAGAAUAUGAAUUAUUACUUGAAGAUGAAAUUGCUUUUGUACAGGCACUCACAAUGGAUGGAAGUAAGGACAAUGAAGCCAAGAAAGAAAUAUCAGAGACUGAAAGGAAGAAAAUGGAUAUAGAAGAGACAAAAAGAAGUCUGCCUGUCUUUCCAUUUAGAGAUGAUUUAAUUAGAGCAAUUCAAGAUCAUCAAGUGCUGAUUAUUGAAGGAGAAACUGGAUCUGGAAAGACUACACAAGUUCCACAAUAUCUCUAUGAAGCAGGUUUCACAAAAGAUGGCAAGAAAAUUGGAUGUACACAGCCUAGAAGAGUUGCUGCAAUGUCUGUAGCUGCUCGUGUUGCUGAAGAGAUGAAAGUCAAGUUAGGAAAUGAAGUUGGAUAUAGCAUUCGAUUUGAGGACUGUACGUCUGAAAGAACAGUUUUAAAAUACAUGACAGAUGGUACUUUACAUCGUGAAUUCCUUAGUGAGCCUGAUUUAGCAUCAUAUAGUGUUAUGAUUAUUGACGAAGCUCACGAAAGAACGCUGCAUACUGACAUCCUGUUUGGAUUAGUAAAAGACAUUUCUAGAUUUAGAAAAGAUUUAAAGCUAUUAAUUUCGAGUGCUACACUUGAUGCUGAAAAGUUUUCGUCAUUUUUUGAUGAUGCUCCAAUUUUCAGAAUUCCUGGCCGUCGAUAUCCAGUUGACCUUUAUUACACAAAAGCACCAGAAGCAGAUUAUAUCGAUGCAUGUGUCGUGUCCAUUUUACAAAUUCACGUAACACAACCAUUGGGUGAUGUUUUAGUCUUUCUCACGGGACAAGAAGAAAUUGAGACAUGUCACGAAAUACUUACGGAUCGAGUCAAACGAUUAGGUUCAAAAAUAAAGGAAUUGCUCAUAUUACCAAUUUAUGCCAACUUACCAUCAGACAUGCAGGCUAAGAUUUUCGAACCUACACCUCCGAAUGCUAGAAAAGUAAUUUUAGCCACAAAUAUCGCAGAGACAUCAUUAACAAUCGAUAAUAUCAUUUAUGUAAUUGAUCCAGGAUUUGCAAAGCAAAAUAAUUUUAAUUCAAGAACUGGAAUGGAGACUUUAAUGGUAGUUCCAAUAUCAAAAGCAUCAGCAAAUCAGCGUGCUGGAAGAGCUGGACGUGUCGCGCCUGGAAAAUGCUUCAGAUUGUAUACAGCAUGGGCAUAUCAGCAUGAAUUAGAAGAGAAUACAGUACCUGAAAUUCAAAGAAUUAAUCUUGGAAAUGCUGUUUUGAUGCUUAAAGCCUUAGGAAUUAAUGAUUUGUUACAUUUUGAUUUCCUCGAUCCGCCACCAACUGAAACAUUAGUGCUUGCAUUAGAACAAUUGUAUGCCCUCGGUGCACUAAAUCAUCAUGGGGAAUUAACAAAGAUGGGACGUCGUAUGGCUGAAUUUCCAGUCGAUCCAAUGAUGGCAAAAAUGCUGUUAGCAUCAGAAAAGUAUAAAUGCUCAGAGGAAAUUGUCUCCAUAGCUGCAAUGUUGUCAGUAAAUGGUGCAAUUUUUUAUCGUCCAAAAGAUAAGAUAAUCCAUGCAGAUACAGCACGUAAGAAUUUUAAUCAAAAUCAUGGCGAUCAUUUAAGUUUAUUAAAUGUAUACAAUCAGUGGGCUGAAAGUGACUAUAGUACACAAUGGUGCUAUGAGAACUUUAUCCAAUAUCGAUCAAUGAAAAGAGCACGUGAUGUACGGGAACAGCUUGUUAAUUUAAUGCAACGUGUAGAGAUUGAUAUAGUUUCAGGCGUAACGGAAUCAAUAAAUAUCCGUAAAGCAAUUACAUCUGGAUAUUUUUAUCAUAUAGCGAAAUUCUCUAAAGGUGGACAUUAUAAGACUGUUAAGCAUAAUCAAACUGUCAUGAUUCAUCCAAAUUCAGCACUUUUUGAGGAUCUACCUAGAUGGGUGCUUUAUCAUGAACUAGUGUUUACUACAAAAGAAUUUAUGAGACAAGUUAUUGAAAUUGAGAGUAAAUGGCUGUUGGAAGUAGCUCCACAUUAUUACAAAGCAAAGGAACUAGAAGAUUCAACAAACAAAAAGAUGCCCAAAGUUGUCGGAAGAUCAGGUCCUUCAGAUGCUUAAAUAACUUGUAGAAUUUAUUUUUGAUCUGAAAUAAAAUAAUUUAAAGAAUUUUUUUGUGUGCUUGC